GGGAAAUAGUGAAGUGUAAAUGGCAGCUUUUACCUUGCAGCACACAGCGCUGAUGUGAAGGCAUCUGCUCGACGAGCCGAAUCUGAAUAAGACGCUCUGCAGAAGAAACACCAUGAGAAUAAAAAAUAAACUAGAUGAUUACGAUUGAUUAAGAGAACGUUCUUCUCCCAGGCGUGAUUAACUGUGGACUGUGACGCCACAAGCCGUUAUGGCGUCGCCGCUAGAGAUGACGGAGAUGUACGACAACGCGCUGCUCGGCAUUUUGCAGCACGUCGGCAACAUCCAGGACUUUCUGCAGGUCUUUUUCGGGUUUCUGUACCGAAAGACGGACUUCUACCGGCUGCUGUCAGGCCCGAACGACAAGAUGGGCUUUCCCCCCGGGGCGGCGGAGAAGAUGGUGCUGAAGACGUCCAAGCUGUUUGAGACGCUGGCACAGCGUGACAGAGAGAGGCUGAGUGAGCUGCAGAAGAAAGAGGACAGUUGCUGUGUUCCCCGGGCGGUCGAGGAGCUGGAGGUCACCACUCAGCAGAGCGCUGAUCAGGUGGACCAGGUGGAUCCGGUGUUGGUGCAGAGCUCCUCUGUGGAUGCAGGCGAGCUUUCAGUUCCUGUUGCACCAGAACCCAGCUGCAGCACCAGCAGCGUUCCGGUACUGUGUGAAGACCAAGCAGCUGCAGCCAGCGCAAAACCAGCAGAUGCGGGUCAGGACACAUUUCAGUGCAACCCUGACAGUUACAACGGGGCAGUGAGAGACACCUACAGCUGGUCCCAGGACUACACUGACGUGGAGGUCCGCGUGUUUGUGCCCAGCACAGUGGUGAAAGGCAGACAGGUCAGCGUUGCUCUGCAGACCAGCAGCGUGAGAGUGAGUGUGAGGGAAGCAGCUAAAGAGAAAACGCUGCUGGAAGGAGAGUUCACACACAAGAUCAACACGGAGAACUCUCUGUGGAGUCUGGAGCCGGGGAAAUGUGUCGUUCUGUCACUCAGCAAGUCGUCGGAGGUUUGGUGGGACGCGAUUCUUAAAGGGGAGAAGGCGAUCGACAUAAACCAGAUUAACCGCGAACGCAACAUGGCGUCGGUGGAUGACGAGGAGCACGCGGUUCUGGACAGACUCACCUUCGACUACCAUCAGAAGCUGCAGGGGAAACCGCAGAGUCACGAGCUGAAGGUGCACGAGAUGCUGAAGAAGGGCUGGGACGCUGAGGGUUCGCCGUUCAAGGGGCAGCAGUUCGACCCGUCCAUGUUUGACAUCCCCCCCAGCGCCGUCCAGUUCUGAGACGCCAGCGUUGACCCAGUGGAACGGGACACAGUCAGUGACGGGGACUCGUCAGCUUGUCGAUAACGCCUCUGAUGUUUAUUUAAUAGGAACUCUCCAGUGCCUCAAUGUCCUUCUUCUGUCUCUGCUCCAGUACCCUGAACCUGAACUGACCAGCUUUGCAUCGUGUCCCGAUCUGACUCAAUCCGGUUUGAUUUUCGUCCUUCUCUCUCUCUCUCUCUCUCUGGCUGUUGCAGGUGCAUUUGGGCCUAAGCCUGCUUUUAAACUUCUCAAACUUAAAGCUGCAACCAUUUUUUUUACUAAUAAAAUGAAUUUGUCACAA